UUCUCGGGAAGGCGUGGAGCAGUUUGCACGGAGCAUGAAAACUAGUGAACCUAUAGAAAUCAUUAACAUAUUUACCAUAAGUACUACUACUAGCCGUGGUAAAGUGGUCACACUUUACCACGGAGCGAUAUGGCCUAGAAGCUCAUGCCCAACUAGUUGAUACAAGGUGAAAGUGAAUGCCAAGUAGAUUUGCUUGGAGUUAGCAUGAUCAUUCCUCUGUUGCAUCUACAUCUUCAAAAAUUAAAUGCUUCUCUAGUUUUAAUUGGGCUGAUAGAUUCUCUUUAUGGUGGUUUACAGAUAUUUUCUGGCCCACUGUUGGGAAACUGGAGUGAUACAAAAGGAAGAAAACCAAUAUUACUAAUCUGUGUUAUAAUAGCUGCUUUUAAUUAUUUUGUACUUGGGCUUACUUCUUAUUUAUGGAUAGCCAUAUCAACUCGGAUUCUGUUAGGAAUAUUUAAACAGAGCCAAAGCCUUAGUAGAGCAUAUCUUGCGGAUAUAACUCCAGACAAUCAAAAACCUAAUGUUUUUGGUAAAUUUAAUGCCAUAUCAAGUUUGGGUUUUAUAGUAGGACCAACUGUAGGAGGACAUCUCUCUGAAGUACCUUAUGGUUUUGAAAUUGUAUGUUCAGUUUCAUCUUUAUUAUUCUUAAUAAAUUUUAUUUUAAUUUGUAUUUAUUUACCAACUGUUCAGCCAGUUAAGGAAAAUGAAGUUGAAAAGGAAGCCUUUCAAGCUAUGAAACUAAUUACUCAGAUGAACUGGGAAAAUUAUUGGGAUAUAUUUUUAGUAAAAUUCUUUCUCAGUUUGGCAGUUUUGGUGUAUCGAAACAAUUUUACUAUCACUUUAACAAAAACUCUUGGGCUUUCUUUAAAAUCAAUUGGAUAUGUUGUUUCUUUUUACAGUAUCAUAAGUUCCCUCUCUGGAUUUCUGAUUGGAUACAUUGCUAGAUUUUAUCUCCAUCACUCAUCAUUGCUACAACAUGUUGCAAUUCUGCAAAUGAUUGCAUUAACUGGGCUAACUUUUGCAAAUACACUUCCUAGUUUAAUUGCAUUUUUGAUUCCAUUUGCAGUUAGUAACUCAAUAGCAAGAGUUUGUGUAACUAGUCUGACUGUGCAGAGGUGUAGGAAGAAUGAAAAAGGAAAAGUAGUGGGUGUUGGACAGAGUAUUACUUCUGGUUCUCGAAUGAUUGCACCUGUCUUGGCAGGAAUUGCACAACAAGUUACCAUAUUUGGACCGGGUGUUACAGGAAUUUGCUGCUCUAUUACUGGAAUCUUUUUUAUUGGAAUUUUAAACAGGAAUAACCAAAAAGUUUCCUAUAAGAGUGACUGAAUGUUAUUUACAAUUAAAAAUAUAGAUUGCUAUUUAAUCUAAUAAUUGUUAUUUUAAAAUAUGCAAGUUUAACUGGUGUAAGUUAAAAUAUUUUUGCCACAGUUUUCCCAGUAUACCCAGUAUGCCUUUAAAUGAAUUAUCAAAACUGUAAUAAUAUAAACAGAAUUUAAUACUAUAUGUAAAUAAAUGUAUAGAUAU